AUGGCAAAUCAUGGAAAACUAGAAGAAUAUGACUCACAAGAGGAAUGGAGUCAGUAUAUUGAGCGGUUGGAAUUUUAUUUCGAAGCAAAUGGCGUGGACGACGAAGAUAAACAACGAGCGAUAUUAUUGAGUGUUUGUGGUAGCAAGACGUAUAAGUUGAUUCGGAACUUAAUCACGCCAGGAAAACCGUCAGAGAAGACGUUUGCAGAGCUAGUAGAACUUGUACAACAACAUCAACACCCAAAACCUUCGGCAAUAGUGCAACGAUUCAAGUUUAAUACUCGGUUCAAGAAACCUGGUGAGUCAAUUGCUUCGUAUGUAGCUGAAUUAAGAAGUUUUUCAGAACAUUGUGAUUUCAAGAGUACCUUAGAAGAGAUGUUACGUGAUCGGUUGGUGUGUGGAAUAAAUGACGAACAGAUUCAGCGUAGAUUGUUAGCAGAAAGUUCUCUCGACUUUAAGAAAGCCAUGAAAAUAGCUACAUCAAUGGAGACUGCAGUAAAGAAUGCACGAGAUUUGACACAUCAGAUGGCCAAUGCAAAUAUAAAUACUGAGAAACCUGCAACAUUACACCGUGUGGACAACCAAAGACAAGGAAACCAACCAUGGUCAAAGGCUGAAUGUGGUCGGUGUGGGGGUAAACAUGACCCGCAACAAUGCAACAAGAAAGGACACAUAGCAAGAAAAUGUCGAAGCAACACUAAGGCGACUGGAAAAAAUCAACGAAACGACAACCCUAACUCAGGCACUAGCAGCAACUAUUUAAACAUGAAGGAUGACGAGAUCGAAGAGGAAGAUGACAACUAUGGGAUUUAUAGUCUGGGCAAAGAGCAAGCUGAGCCAUAUGUUGUUGAUGUACUGGUGAGCAAUGAAAGUCUAAAGAUGGAAGUAGAUACUGGUGCUGCAGUUAGUGUAAUGAAUGAGGAUACAUAUACAUUAUUGAAGAAAAAACACCCAAACCUAGAGUUGAAGGAAUCAAAGGUAAGACUAAAUACCUAUACGGGAGAGCAAGUUAAAGUUUCGGGUCAGCUGGAGACUUCGGUGAAGUAUGAAGAUCAAGAAGGCGUAUGGCCUUUACUAGUCAUAACGGGGAAGGGCCCUAACUUGAUUGGCAGAAAUUGGCUCCAAAAGAUUAAAAUAAAUUGGAAGAAUUUAUUUCAGUUAAAAGAGGACAAGAAUACCUCAGUCAGAGUAAAUAAGUUACUUGAGAAGUAUGAGAAAGUGUUUCAUGAAGAGUUAGGAACAUUUUCUGGUCUCAAAUCCAAAAUAUAUGUGGCUGAGGAUGCAAGUCCAAAGUAUUACAAGGCAAGACCUGUUCCCUAUGCAUUGAGGGAAAAAGUAGAAAAGGAGUUAGAAAGAUUGCAAGGAGAGGGAACUAUAGAGCCUGUCCAGUUCGCAGAUUGGGCAGCGCCAAUCGUACCAAUCGUUAAGGAUGAUAAGUCGAUAAGAAUUUGUGGGGAUUAUAAAGUAACUGUCAACCAAGCUGCAAAGUUAGACAAUUACCCGAUUCCCAAGGCAGAAGAUCUUUUUGCCACUUUAAGUGGUGGAGAGAAAUUCACCAAGCUGGAUACGAGUCAAGCCUAUCAGCAAAUCUUAUUGGAGGAUGAAUCAAAAAAAUAUACUACCAUCAACACACACAAAGGACUUUUUCAGUACAAUCGAUUGCCAUAUGGAGUGUCCUCGUCCCCUGGGAUUUUCCAGCGUACUAUGGAAAACCUACUGCAGGGGAUUCCUUUCGUGGUUGUGCGAGUGGAUGACAUUUUGGUCUCUGGUUCGAAUGAUGAGGAACAUUUAGCAAAUUUAGAAGAGGUUCUAAAACGGUUGUCAGAGCAUGGGUUACGCCUAAAGAAGAAGAAGUGUGCCUUCAUGGUGAACGAGGUGGUGUAUUUAGGCCAGAAGAUAAAUAGCCAAGGAAUACAACCAAUCCAAGAGAAAGUCAGAGCCAUCACCAAUGCACCGGCACCGACGAAUGUGUCCGAAGUUCGAUCAUACUUGGGAAUGAUCAACUAUUACCAAAAGUAUUUACCAAAUUUAUCAACGAUUCUGGCACCACUGCACAGCCUGUUGGAAAAAGGGAAAAGUUGGAAAUGGAGUGAAGAGCACCAAGAGGCAUUUAGAAAAUCCAAAGAGUUAUUGAAGUCCUCACAUCUAUUGGUGCAUUAUGACCCGGAGAAGGAGUUAAUACUGGCUUGCGAUGCCUCACCAUAUGGCUUGGGGGCUGUUUUGUCACACCGGAUGGAAGACAACACAGAACAACCAAUUGCAUUUGCCUCGAGAUCACUGUCCGCAGCUGAAAAAACCUAUUAUCAACUAGACAAAGAGGCGCUAGCCAUCGUAUUUGGUGUCAAGAAAUUUCACCAGUACGUGUAUGGUCGACAUUUCACCAUACUGACAGAUCACAAGCCGCUUGAGCGGGUACUUCAUCCGGAUAAAAUGACACCACCAAUGGCUGCAGCUCGAAUUCAGCGGUGGGCCUUAAUUUUGUCUGCGUAUGACUACGCCAUUCAGUACAAAGAAGGAAUUCAGAAUGCAAAUGCUGAUGCCCUCAGUAGAUUACCAUUGCCAGACACCCCAGGUUCAAUACCAGUUCCUGAAGAAACAAUCUUACUCAUGGAACUAUUGGAGACUACUCCAAUAAGAGCAGAGCAAGUGAAGAACUGGACAAAAAGAACUCCUAUACUUGCUAGAGUUUUGAAAUUUAUCAAACAAGGUUGGCCUAGCAAGUGUCCAGAUGGGGAGUUUCAACCAUAUUUUCAACGACGAGACGAGCUGAGUGUUCAAGACGACUGUAUACUUUGGGGAAACAGAGUGGUUGUUCCACCCCAAGGAAGAAGGCAAGUGGUUGACGAAUUACAUGAAACCCACCCAGGAAUAUGUAAGAUGAAAAGUCUAGCAAGAAGCUACGUGUGGUGGCCGAAUAUGGAUAACGAUUUGGAAAACAAAGUACGAACGUGCAACAACUGCCAGAUAAAUAGAAAGAAUCCUCCUGAAGCGCCACUGCACCCGUGGGAAUGGCCAAGCCGACCAUGGGAAAGAAUUCACAUUGACUAUGCUGGUCCAUUCUUGGGGAAAAUGUUCCUCAUCAUGGUCGAUGCGUACUCAAAAUGGCUCGAAGUGCAUCCAACGAAUGUGGCAACAUCGAGAGCAACAAUUGAAAAACUUCGAUCAACAUUUGCAAUCCACGGCCUUCCUAAAACAAUUGUUAGUGAUAACGGUAGUAAUUUUUGCAGUGAAGAAUUCGAAGAAUUUCUGGCGAAAAACGGCAUUCAUCACAGAAGGACUGCUCCUUAUCAUCCAGCCUCCAAUGGACUUGCAGAACGGGCGGUCCAGACGUUUAAGGAAGGGAUGAAGAAGAUGUCAAAUAAGGAAAGUUUGGAAACUAGAGUGUCUCGGUUUCUCUUCAAAUACCGUUUCACGCCACACUCAACCACAGGGAUAGCGCCAGCGGAAAUGCUUAUGAGCAGAAAACCAAGAUCUUCCGGCCCUUGGACGUACUACAUCCAGAUGUAAGACAAAGAGUACAGGACCAACAGAAGAAGCAGAAAGAGUUACACGAUCAACAUGCAGUGGAUCGACAAUUACGACCAGGUGAUUUAGUAUAUUCGAGAGAAUAUGGAAAACAACAAAAGUGGUGUCCAGGAGUGAUCAAUACACAAACCGGGCCAGUUUCCUAUACCAUACAGUUGGAAGACGACCGCGAGGUUCAUCGCCAUCAAGAUCAGGUGAUCCAUAGGGAAACACCCGAAGAAAACGAAAAUGACGUCAUGGAUCCAGAUAUCAACCAGCAACCCGUUCCAGACCAACAAGUGGUUAGCGGAGAAAAUGCAGUUCCAGCAGCCCGAUAUCCGCAAAGAGAUAGACAGACACCGGACUAUUAUUCGUGAGUAAUUACAUUAAUAUUAGAGUAUAAAACACUAAGGGAUUACAAACUGUUAGGUUAUAGUGUUGACAUUAUUAGUUUAGAUGUUAUGUUGCAGGGACUCUGGUUUUAAUCCAGGAAAAAAGGAGUGUAACAUCCGGGAGUUAGCACUUCCGGCGGGAAAAAACAGGCACCUCGAGGAGAACUAGACAGCUGUAUUAACAAGGAGUUUUACUUAGCAUAGUUGGGUUUUAAGGUUAAAAUACUACAGCUAUAUACUGGCUGUACAGUAUAUAGUGCAUAUAGGCAUUUGCAGCUCUGUAUAUUGCGCAUCUUGAACAUAUAGUUGAAGAUAUAACUUACAACUUUCCACAACAAUUUUGCAUUUCUGUUUAUCUGCAGGAAAUUUGUGUAAUUCCAUAUCACAAAAUACAUCCAAUGCCAACCUAAAGAACGAAUUCAAAUUUCAAAGGCGAUACACUAUCUGGUCGACGACGUCAUUAGACCAAGCAAACUCAUUGAAUCGAAAAAAUGUUUGUAAUCAACUGCAGGGAAUCAAGCUCUGCAUAAAGAACUUAUUCCUUCAAAACAAAUUGAGCAAGGAAUAGCACAUUAACACCGAGAAAAGAGAGGAUAUAUGUAUGAUGUUACCGCCAGAAAGCUAUAUAAUAACAUUUUUUAUUCAAUCUAUGGGCUGAAUGGGAAAAUUACGUUCUAUGCAUUUUAUAUAUAUGCCUGGCAAAAAUGCAUGCCAACGUGCUUCAAUUUCUUUAAUUUUCAUCCUGUUUCCACUUUCUUUAAUUUUCAUCCUGUUUCCACAAAAUUUCCCAUAAACAUAGAACAUGUCAUUCUUACAAAUCGUUUGUUUUUUGUUUUUCGAAUUGCUACAUUUUUGGCGGGAAAAUGACGUCACGAACUUGCCGCUAAAAAAUUAACAGUUAGCUAUUGUUAAUUUUAUGCACUUAUUCGGUAGACGUCAUUGAGAGAGUCUUAAAACUGAAGUCUGUAAAAGGCCACAAGUUUAAAAGGUGAGGGUUCAAAUUUUAUUAUAAAAGGCAAGUGAAUUAUUGGCGCAGUGCCGUAGCUGCGCAAGUUUAAAAGGUGAGGGUUCAAAGGUUGCGUUGCUUUCUGUAAGAAUUAUUAUUCGCUUGGGUCAACACCUUGUCAAACGGCAUUUUGUUUCUGUGGUCUGUUUUACGUGUCUAUUAAUUAAUAGGCUUGUGAGGCACGUUGUUACUAUCAUUUGUUGUUGGUGAAGGAGUCAAUCCGUCAAAUAACGAAAAUCUUUAAAGGUUAAACAGUAACACAAGAUUAAAAACUCCGUCUAUCAAGAUUCUAUCAAGUAUCAACUAUACGAUUUUUCAGACAUAUUAAUCAAAACAGGAACCAAAAGACUUGGUUCACACAUCAGUCAGUCGAAACCAAAUACAAAUAUAAAAAAUCGAGCAAAGCUUAACACACAACGGUCACAUUAUAAAACGUUUGUAACAAGGGACUCAUAGUCAUUGUCCCAUUAUAUUGAAAAGCGCCAUGCAUUCCUUCAGCCGGAUAGACGCACAGGGAUCAAGUUACACGUGGUUUAAUACUGUUUUACUUUUAAAAAGUUCAUCCAAUUUUAUCAAUCUUCUAAGCCGUUCGAGAGAAAGCCAGAAAGUAGUAAUAACAUUUUGUCGCAUUAAUAUUUGUAAAUUACCAUAAGGCAUGAUCAUUUUUAGUAACCGCUAGUUAACCGCUAGUUAACCGCAAUUUUAGUGUAAACUAUUUCUAGUUAUAACUAUACUACCAUAGUAACAAAAUGGCUGAUUUUUACAUUUGUACCGCUAUAUCUUCGCGAGAAAUAGUGGUAUUUAGAAACAGAGUUCAGUUUUAUGACUCUCUCAAUGUCGUCUACCGAAUAAGUGCAUAACAUUAACAAUAGUUAACUGUUAAUUUUUUUAGCGGCAA